GGGUUUGGACAGUUAAGUACUGGUCUCAAACAUCCCGUAAUACGCACACCACAGAGGUCCUAUACCUGUCUCGGGCAUACAUGGCGCGCGGAACGUAGGCUAGUCUGUGGCCAGAGCCGAGGGAUGCAGCUCGGAGGAGCGGCAAUAAAUAAGAUAAACGUGUGCGCGGCCGUGUAUGUUAGCGAGCCAGGAUGUAAGGAACACUCAAUAGCAUAUAAUACAUUGGCGACGAGUAAAAUCAACGCAGUUACAAUGGCACGUUCAGGGGCCAUGGCACUGACAUUGGACAAAUUUGAAUGUGGAGGAGAACCAACUUCCUUGGGAGCACGUUGGGAGCGUUGGAAGAGGGCACUUCUUAUAUAUAUUGAUGCAGCAGGCAUAGAAAAAAAUGAAAAGAAGAGAGCUAGUCUUCUUCAUUUUGGGGGACAGGAGUUACAAGAAAUAUUCUACAACAUCCCAGAUCCAGAAACUGAAGAUGGCGUACCUAGAAAAGAUGUGUUUCAAAUUGCAUUGUCAAAACUGGAUUCCUACUUUUCACCUAAACAGAGUAAAGUGUAUGAACGUCACUUAUUUAGGCAAGUAAAACAAGAAAUAAAUGAAAAGUUUGAAAAAUUUCUCGUAAGGUUACGUCAACAAGCUGAUAAAUGCCAAUUUCAUAAUAAAGAUGAGCACAUUAUCGACCAGAUUAUAGAAAAAGGGUCUUCAAGUGAAUUGAGGAAAAAGAUAUUGCGUGCAGGAGAUGAUAUGACAUUAGAGAAAAUUAUCUAUGAGGCAAAUUCAUUAGAAGCAGUUAACAGACAGUUAGAAGAUUUUGCAGAAAAAUCUACAAAUAAGGAAGAAGUUAAUAAAAUAAGUACAAAGCAAAAUAGUAAUUAUGUGAAAAAAUUUAAAGAACCUUGUCAACGAUGCGGAAGCCGCUCUCAUCUGAAAUGCCCGGCAAUUGAUAAAGAAUGUUUUAAGUGUAAGCGCAUUGGCCACUUCCAGCAAAUGUGUCGGAAAAGAAAGCUUGCUGAGGAUAGGAAUUCCAGCAAUAAGAAAUUCAAGAGUAAUAGAGAACCUCACCAAGGUGUUAACCAAAUGACCUCACAAAUAGAAGAAGUGCAGUAUGUAUUCAACAUUGAUAGCGAUGACACUAUUGAUUGUGAAGUUGGAGGAUUCAAUAUAAGCAUGUUGAUUGAUUCGGGAUCCAAAUGGAACUUGAUUGGCAAAGAAACUUGGACAGAAAUGAUACGAAAUAAUGUUGUGAUAUAUGACCAAAAUAAGGAUUUACACAAGACAUUUGUACCUUAUGGAAGUACAACUGCGCUAUCCCUACAAGGCACUUUUAAAGCAAAUAUAAAAGUUGGAAGUCAAACUCAAGAUGCCACUUUUUAUGUCAUUACUGAGGGCACAAGAAACCUAUUAGGUAGAGAUACAGCAAAACAGUUGGGUGUCCUCAAAUUAGGUUUAGACAUCAACCAGAUACAAGAAGAAACAUUUCCCAAAAUAAAAAAUGUAUUGAUACAUAUACCCAUAGAUGAGACUAUCCAACCAGUAUCACAGCCACUCAGAAGAAUUCCAAUACCAUUAGAAAAGAAAGUGGAAGAGAAGUUACAGGAUUUAAUUAAAAGGGAUAUUAUAGAAGAAGUAUCGGGCUCAUCAAAAUGGGUAUCUCCAAUUGUGCCAAUUUUAAAGGAAAACGGAGAACUUCGCUUAUGUGUAGACAUGAGGAGGGCAAAUGCAGCCAUAAUGAGAGAAAAUCAUCCCUUGCCUACCAUGGAUAAGUUACUACCACAAGUGCGUGAUGCCAAGUACUUCAGCAAGUUAGACAUCAGAGAUGCUUUUCAUCAAUUAGAGCUUCACCCAGAUUCCAGACAUAUAACAACAUUCAUCACCAGUCUAGGCAUGUACAGGUACAAACGCUUAAUGUUUGGAAUUACAUGUGCCCCAGAGAUUUUUCAAAAAACCAUAGAGAAACUAUUACUUGGUUGUGAAGGGGUUAUAAAUUUUAUGGACGACAUACUAGUUUAUGGAAGAGACAAAGAAGAGCAUGACACAAGGCUUCAACAAGUUACAAACGUCUUAAAGGAAAACAAUGUAGUACUGAAAGAAGAAAAAUGCAUAAUUGGAGUCACUAAAGUUCACUUUCUUGGACAUGAAUUGUCAGCAGAGGGGGUAAGACCGUUGCAAAAGUAUUUAUCGGCAAUUCAACAAUUUAGAUCACCCAAAACCGUUGGUGAAUUACAAAGCUUCAUGGGUUUGGUGAACUAUGUAGGCAGGUGGAUACCAAACCUUUCAACGUUGACGGAGCCUAUGAAAUUACUUCUACGGAACAGGCCUGGAAAAAAUACAGUUUUGCAUGCAAAAAUACAGAAGUAUCGGGCUCAUCAAAAUGGACUGAAUGACAACAAUCUAUCUAGCGGCGAGCCCAUAGAACACCACAUACAGCAGAUAGUGGAGUACAUAAGGCCAAGGGCUAUUUCGUUAAAUGAAGUGGCAUACUACUCUGAAAAAGACCCAGAAAUACAAAAAGUCAAGGCUGGACUGUACCACAAUAACUGGGAUGAGGAGGUAAAAAUAUAUAAACUGUUUCAGACUGAGCUAUGCUUUUAUGAAGAGAUUCUCCUGAGAGGAACACGAAUAGUUAUUCCAAAAGAUCUUCGGAAGAUAAUCCUCACAGCUGCUCAUGAAGGUCAUCCAGGAAUAGUCGCCAUGAAGGCCCGGUUGAGAGCGAAAGUUUGGUGGCCUAAGUACGAUAGAGAAGCCGAGAAGCUAGUUAAAUCUUGUGCAGGAUGCACAUUAGUAUCGGCUCCCAAUCCGCCUAAUCCGCUAAAGCGACGCGAAUUGCCUGAUGAAGCAUGGAAAGACGUGGCCAUAGAUUUGCUUGGCCCAUUACCCAGCGGAGAUCAUAUCUUUGUGAUAAUUGAUUAUUUUAGCAGGUAUAAAGAAGUUAAAAUCUGCCGGAAAAUAGACAGUACGGAAAUGACAAAACACCUAUUAGAAAUUUUCAGUCGCUUGGGUGACCCGGCGACCAUCACGGCGGACAAUGGGCGUCAAUUUAUAUCGGAUCAUUUCAAAUCUUUCUGCAAAGAAAGAGGGAUUACAUUACACUCAACGAUCCCGUACUGGCCGCAAAUGAACGGAGAAGUCGAGAGACAGAAUAAAGACAUUUUGAAGAGGUUAAGGAUAAGCCAAGUAGAAAAAAAAGAUUGGAAAUUGGCCUUAAUCGAAUACAUAGGAAUGUAUAACAGUACACCACAUUCAGACACAGGAAAAACACUCGCAGAACUAUUCUUUAGACGACAAUUUCGAGAUAAAAUCCCUAUGGUAAGCGACCUGAGUCGAAAAGGAGAUUUCAAUUUAGAAAAUAAAGAUGUAGAUAUGGAGGUUAGGGACAAGGACAAGGAAUUAAAAGAGAAAGGAAAGGAGUACACCGAUGAAAAAAGAAAAGCAAAAGAAUGUACAUUGGUAGAAGGCGAUAAAGUCGUUAUGAAGAAUAUAACUAAGGAGAACAAGUUAAGCACACCUUUCGGAGCUACAACACUUACGGUGGAAAAAGUGAAUGGAGGAGAUGUGGAAGUCGUAAACGACGAAACAGGUCAGAGGUAUAGAAGGAACGUUGUACAUCUCAAGAGAGUAGACGGGGAGUGGCAGAUUAACCUAGUUGUAGACUAUUAA